CCCCGCUGCGAUCCCCUGCGAUCCCCUCCCCUCGCUCCUCCGCCCCGCGAGGGGCGCUGUGCGGGCCCCGGGGCAGCCAUGGCGGCGCUGAGGGCCGCGCUGCUGGCGCCGCUGCUGGCGCUGAGCCGGGCCGGGCCGGGGCCGGCGCCCGCCGCCCGCGUCGAGGUGGCGCUGGCGGGGCCGGGGGCCGGCAACGGGGCCGGGAACGGGGCCGGGGAGGCUGCGGGGCCCGGCGGCUCCUACACGCUGCGCGGGGCCCUGCUGGGCGGCCGGGGCGGGCCGCGGGAGGAGGUGAUCGGCGGGCGGCUGGUGCUGGUGGGAGAUGAGGAGCCUGAACUCGGCGCUGAGGACAGCUGGAUCGGCGUGGUGCCCGUGGGCGAGGAGCCGGCCGAAGGUCCCCGCGGCGCCAAGGAGGAGUCCUUCACUGCCGCCGUGGUCAGCAAGAUGAAGCGAGCCCUGGUGCUUGGGGCAUCAGCCCUGCUCAUCCUGGCGCUGAAUCAGAAUGCCAUCCGAGAGCUGGACGUCUCCCAGCUCCUCGCCAAGCCCAUCAUCGUGAUCCAGUCCUCGGACAACGUCACCAGGCUGCUGGGAGCACUGCUGCGGGGUCUCAAAGCUACAGCGAAGAUCACGUACCAGGCAGUGCUGCUGGAGAACCUGGGGGUGACGCUCACCCUGUGGUCAACCUGCGGCCUCUCCCGAGGGGGCCUCUACGGGGAGUGGCAGGGCGUCAUCUGCACUGGGGAGAACAGCUCGCAGGUCCAGAAGUACCUCCAGCAGCUCUGGAACACCAUCCUGCUCAUUGCUCUGCUCCUCUGCACGGGGGUGAUCGUGCAGGCGCAGCGGCAGUCGCGGCAAGACCUGUCGGAGCGGGAUGCCGAGCUGGACCUGAAGCAGCACAUUCGGCGGCGGCUGUCGGCCCUGAAGACGCGGCGGUACCAUCCAGGCAAGGCGCUGCAGAGCCGGGCCUGCGAGAUAGAUAGCUGCGCCGUGUGCCUGGACCAGUUCUGCAAGAGCCAGUGGCUGCGGGUGCUGCCGUGUGCCCACGAGUUUCACCGGGACUGCGUGGACCCCUGGCUCCUCCUGCAGCAGACCUGCCCCCUCUGCAAGCACAACAUCCUGGGGAACUGCUGUGGAGAGAGCUAGCCAGCCCGGCGGACGUGCCCCGGGGACGGACCCGUGGCUGCUCCGGGAAGAACGGGGGAGAGGGGCCGGGGCAGGCGCUGGGCGAGCUGUGCUCGGUGCUGGCACGGGCUCAGCGUGGCCGUGCCCUUCGCAGCACCCUGGCAGCACGGGGCAGCGCCUGGCCCGUAGGAGAGUGAAGGAUUUGGGGGCUCUCCCUGCUUGGCGUGAGUAGAGGGGUGGGGGGCACGGCUGGGCGUAGCCCAGGUGGCCGCUGUGGGGGGGGGGGG